ACAGCAGCCGACGAAACUGCGCAUGUCAGUAACUGUACACUGAGGUCGAAAGGUCGCUACUUUUCUCUGGGACUGUCUUUGAGUUUUUAUGCAACGUGUAGUAAAUCUGCCAUUUCAAGAUUAAUCAUAAUGUUUUCACGAGUGGCGAAACCAAACAACAUUUCUGCGUUAUGUAUUGUUGCCAGGAACUUUUCGUCGACUGCCAGGGCUAACCGUAAAGUAGCUGUGUUGGGAGCAUCUGGUGGCAUUGGACAACCAAUGUCCUUACUACUUAAACAAAGCCCCCUUAUAAGUCAUUUAUCAUUGUUUGAUAUCGUGCAUACUCCUGGUGUAGCUGCUGACUUGAGUCAUAUUGAGACAAGAGCCAAAGUGACUGGACACACUGGUAAUGAUGAAUUAGGUGCUGCGUUGGAUGGAUGUGAAGUUGUAGUUAUCCCUGCUGGCGUGCCAAGGAAACCUGGUAUGACUAGGGAUGAUUUAUUCAACACCAAUGCUUCAAUUGUACAGACAUUAGCUGAAGGUUGUGCCAAACACUGUCCAGAAGCCAUGAUAUGUAUAAUAUCCAAUCCUGUCAAUUCAACUGUUCCUAUCACUUCAGAAGUAUUCAAGAAAGCUGGUGUGUAUGAUCCUAAAAAGAUAUUUGGUGUGACAACACUGGAUAUUGUUCGUUCUAAUACAUUUAUUGCCGAGGGUAAAGGUCUGGAUGUAUCAAAGACAUCAUGCCCUGUGGUGGGUGGUCAUUCAGGGAUUACUAUAGUACCACUUAUUUCACAGUGUAGCCCAAAAGUUUCUUACCCUCAAGAUGAAUUGGAGAAACUAACAAACCGUAUUCAGAAUGCUGGAACUGAGGUGGUUAAUGCUAAAGCUGGAGCGGGUUCUGCUACUUUGUCUAUGGCAUAUGCUGGAGCUAGAUUUGCUUGUUCGUUGUUAGAAGCUUUGAAUGGUAAAGAAGGAGUGAUCGAAUGCGGAUUUGUCAAGUCUGAUGUCACAAAAGCCACCUAUUUCUCUACACCACUUCUGUUAGGGCCCAAAGGACUUGAGAGGAAUCUUGGUCUGGGUGAAGUAUCAGACUAUGAGAGGAAAAUCAUUGAAGAAGCAUUACCAGAGUUAAUGAAAAACAUCAAAAAGGGAGAAGAUUUUGUUAAAUCUCGUUAACCAAUGAAUUUGAUAAAAUAAAAUUGCUUGUGAAACUUAGGAAAAUGCUUUUGCAGUUUUUGGUUUCAUUUGGAAAGUCAACAGUUUUAAUUUGGAUAUGUUUUUGCACUACAACCAUUUAUUUGUAUAAAUAAUAAAAAGAUAUGUAUAUACAGUAAUAUAAGUUGUUCAACUCUCAUAGUUGCACAUUUUUACCUACCAUCAGUCUAAUAUUUGUACUAACCUAUUUUUGGUCUGCUGCGUAUUGAUACUGUAUACUGUGAAGAAAAGUAAGUCUCCAAUCAUUUAACAAAAUCAAACCAAUUAGUACAUUAUGCCGCUUUACAUCUGUCUGCUAAAUCCAUAUUAAGCGUUUAUUCUAUUUAUGCUAUUUAAUAUGAAUAAUGGCUACUUUCAAUGGUAAAUAAUCAUAUGAUAAUUUAUGUAGUCUGCAUUCAUAAUUACCACUGUAAUAACUCCCAACUUGUCAGGAUUGUUUCCAAUAUAAACUGUGUACAAUAAUAAAUUAAAACAUUGAAUU